CUCCAAUGCUUCCGGCGAACAAGCAACUAGACUAGAAUAGACAUAAAGGCUGUCUAUUCUUGCAGCGACCGCAUGUACUCCUUCGAUUUCGUUAUUGCUUCAUUAUCUAAAAUAGUAUAUAUAUAUAUAUAUAUAUAUAUAUUCCAUCAUCGACAACGGUAAAAAGUUCUCCGACUUACCAAACGAGAAAGAGAAUAGAGAACGAAUAUGGCUGCCUUUUUACUUCCCUUUCGCCAUAGAAAGGUUUCAGCUCUGGGAAUUUUUUGCCUUCUAAAAGGUUCAACUUUAGAUUCUUCUCGCACUUGUUGAAUUGAGGCAAUUUGGACCCUUAUCAGUUGCGUGUAGAAUUGAAGGUUGGAGGUUUAGUUGGUGUUCAUAAUAUGCUGAGAGAAUACAGCAGUGGCAAUGCUACUGCCAAGAUUGAUUUUACGGACUUGACUUGUCCCCAUUCAUGGUACCCAAAAGCUCGGAGGAAGCAUCGCAAGGUUUAUCUGCAUGUGGGACCCACAAAUAGUGGUAAAACUUAUCAAGCCCUAAAGCAGCUGGAGUCAAGCCCUUCUGGUAUAUAUUGUGGUCCUUUGAGGUUGCUGGCAUGGGAGGUGGCAAACAGGCUGAACAAGAGAAAUGUUCCGUGUGACCUAAUAACAGGACAGGAGAGAGAGGAAGUUGAGGGUGCAAAACACAAGGCCGUGACAGUUGAAAUGGCUGAUGUAAACUCCGAUUAUAGUUGUGCUGUUGUUGACGAAAUUCAGAUGUUGGGGUGUAAGACAAGGGGUUUCUCAUUUACACGUGCUCUUUUGGGAAUUUCUGCUGAUGAACUUCACCUUUGUGGAGAUCCAGCUGCUGUUCCUCUUAUUGAGGAAAUACUCAAGGUCACUGGCGAUGAGGUUAAGGUUGAAUACUAUAAGAGACUUUCACCGUUAGUUCCAUUAGAGAUACCUCUCGGAUCCUUUUCUAAUAUACAAACAGGCGAUUGCAUUGUAACAUUUUCACGUCGUGAAAUAUACAAAUUGAAGAAAAAAAUUGAAACUGCUGGGAAGCAUCUAUGUUCUGUAGUUUAUGGUUCACUGCCACCAGAAACUCGAACAAGACAGGCAACCAUGUUCAAUGAUUCUAGUAGUGAAUUCGACGUUCUUGUGGCUAGUGAUGCCAUUGGGAUGGGUCUUAACUUGAACAUUUCUAGAAUCAUAUUUUCAACAAUGAAAAAGUUUGAUGGUGUUGAGAUGCGGCCUCUAACAGUUCCAGAGGUCAAACAAAUAGCAGGGCGAGCUGGUAGAUACGGAUCGAAAUUCCCUGUUGGUGAGGUGACUUGUCUGCAUGCAGAUGAUCUGCCCUUGCUUCACUCAUCAUUGGAAUCACCAUCUCCCAUUCUUGAGAGUGCAGGAUUAUUUCCUACCUUUGACCUCAUGUUCAUGUAUUCACGGUUACACCCCAAAAAGGGCUUUUACCAAAUUUUGGAACAUUUUUUAGAGAAUGCCAAACUGUCUCCAAAUUACUUCAUUGCUGAUUGCGAGGCAUUAUUGAAAGUUGCUGGGGUUAUUGAUGAAAUGCCUCUUUCGCUGUAUGAUAAGUACCUUUUCUGCAUCAGCCCAGUCGAUAUGACUGAUGAUAUCUCAUCUCAGGGUCUGACACAGUUUGCUGAAAAUUAUGCAAAGAAAGGCAUUGUUCGACUAAAAGAAAUAUUUACCCCUGGGACACUUAAGGUGCCAAAAACACAAGCUGCACUCGGGGAGGUCGAGUCAAUUUACAAGGUAUUGGAUCUAUAUGUUUGGUUGAGUUUCCAUUAUGAGGAUUCAUUUCCAGAUCGAGAAUUGGCAGCUUCUCAAAAGGCUAUUUGCGGCAUGUUAAUUGAGGAGUUCCUCGAAAGACUAGGAUGGCAGAAGCCAAGAACAAGAAAGUUGCCAUUAAGCAAUGUCUCAAAUUCUCUCCUGUCUAAAAGCAUUAGGCGGUAUCUGUGAACCACUCUUAUUAUUUAUUUUAUUAAUGUUUUCUAUGAAGUGGACAAAAUGGUUUUGAUAUUUAGAGGAUUUGAAUCAAUCGUCUUCCCCGUUAGUGAAAUAAUAAUGGGAAGCAAAAUUCGCAAAGGCGCUAUAAAUUGGAGAAAAGCUCUGUAUUCAAAUACCUUUUUUUUUUUUUUUUUUAAAUAGUUUAAAACAGUAAUUUAGACUCUUUAAUACGAUGCAAAAGGGAAAUUUGGUCGGUUUUGUUCGCGUACUAGAUAAUUUAUUUGCACCUAAUAGGUUAAUUGAAUGUGUUUAGUAAGAAUUUUAAUCAGUUCUUAA